GGGUUUUCAUGUGUUGUUGUCAGUCUGACGUCGGCUGCUGGUGUGUGUACUGUGUGGUUGCAGAAGGUCACGGCUUAACAGUGAAUUGAUAAGUGAAAAUGAGUCGAUUUGCUAAUAUACUGAGAAGGACGUUUGGGGUGAUCAAAGAGCACGUGGGAACAGAUCAUCUUGGGAAUAAGUAUUAUAUGAUACCAGAACAGAAGACAUGGACAGGAAGAGUCAUACGGGCAAAGAGGAUGGUGAUCGCCUUAAACCCAAAUGAAUUUGAAUACAUAGAGGGAAGCAUACCCUCAGAAUGGGAUGCAUGGAUCCGUGGUCGUAGAAAGCAGCCCCCCAGUAUUGAGGAGCUUCAGAAGAAUGAGAACUACAGGGUGAACAUCAAAGUGAAGGCACGGGAGGCAGAGGAGAGGGACCUGGCUCUGCAGGCCCAGGAGUACGAGGAGGGACUUGUAGCUCGACCCACACAGACUCUAGCCAAAGGCCAUGCCGCUGCCACCCCGUUUGGCAAACCAGAGGCCACCGAAGAUCCGGUGAGCACAGGCGGUUCCUUCCAGCCGGGGUCCUGGGUCCCAGGAUCCAAAAAAUAAACGAGACUGAGGCAUGCCCACCUUUGGCCCCGACUCAAAUGGAAUUGUGAAGCCUUACGGACGCUAGUUGCGUUAGCCCUGAAUGGAACUUUACCUCCUUACCUAUUUACCUCCUUACCUAUGAUGAGGUGCAACCAGGAUGGGUCGGCUACUGUAGAGGUCUCUCUCAACAGGCAGAGGUGGGACGGUGACAGUAUUUGAGGAGCCAAUCCAGAUGCUGUUCUUUUGAGGUGCGGAUCCUGAUGUGGACGGGAUUAGUACUUGCUCCAACACAUGUUCUGAUGGGAAAGGCAUUUUGUAAAGCUGCAGCUGUGGUUUCAUGUCCCAGUGUAUGUUCUGGACAGUGGGACAGACAGCAGAGAGUGAGGGGUGAAAGUAAUGUUAUGAACAUUCUACUAAUAUAACAAAUAUUCUCAGUGAUACUGGAUGAAUAUUUUGAUUUUUUUUUUCCUUCUUUUUUUUUGCCCAAUGUUUCUCCCUUACAUCCAAAACAAAUUCUUCACCUUCAUAGAAACUAUUGCAUGGUGUAUUCAAACAUUCAAUGUUUAAGUUAUGAUUUGCUGGAUUGGUUUUGUCAAAUAAAAUGAAAGGAAAUGUA